AAAACAAUAAUAUUAUUAUUAUUAUUAUAAUUUUUAAAUUUAUCUCUCAACAUUUCAGUUUGAAAAAAAUAUAAAAUAAGUAAGUUGCUUUUUUUUUACAAUUACUUGCAUUGUCUCUCGAUGAGUUGGUUGGUGUCAUCGAUGCCCUUAAUCCUUCUCUAAGUACCCUUAACCCAAUUGAAUUACCCCCAGCUAAUUCCAUAUACAUGUAUUUCUUGCUUGACCAUUGAAUUAUCAUCUAAAAUUAUAUUGAUAUUAAUAUUUAUAUUAUUGAGUCUUUAACGCUCACACUACACUCUCAUAUUACCAGCAAUAGUCCAUGAUAAUUUUAUUUAUUUAUUCAUUUUUUUCAUAGAAAAAACAAGUUUUUUAAUCAAUCAAGUGGAUGAAAUUUGUUGAAAGAGUUUAAUAUUUGAUUAUUUUUAUAAAAAUAAGGUCGAGCAUGUUUCUCUCUCUCACGUGACAAUACUUUUAUAUGGUAUCACGAUUUGCAUCGACGACUGAUGCAAGGAAGCGAUAGAAAAUUAAGUUUAAAAUUUUUAAAAAACAUGUACGGUUCGGAUGAUAAUAAUUCGUCAUUGACGAUGAAUAAUAAUAAUAAUGAAACACAUAAAAAACCAGAUAAUGAAGAUGAUGCAUUUGAUCUUGAUGAUCUUCUACCAGUUGUUGGUGAAUUUGGAAAUUAUCAAAAAAAAUUAUUAUGGUUGGUUUGUUUACCUGCAUGUUUACCAUGUGGUUUUUGUGCAUUUAAUCAAUUAUUUAUGGCAUCAACACCACCACAUUGGUGUCAUAUACCAGGUCUUGAACAUCUUGAUGUUACUAAAAGACGUCGACUUGGAAUACCAAUUACACAACAGGAUGGUAACGAGACACUGUUUAGUCAGUGCACAAGAUAUGAUGUCAAUUGGUCAGAUCCAACAAUUGACCUGAUGGCAUUUGAUCCAGAAUUUAAUAACAAUACAUCUUGGCCAAUAAUACCAUGUGAUUUUGGAUGGGAAUAUGAUAUUACAGAAAUAGUAUCUUCAAUAGUCAUUGAUUUUGAUUUAGUUUGUGACAAGGCUAUUUAUCCAACACUUGGUCUUGUUGCUUUAAACACUGGUGGACCAAUUGGUGUUUAUUUAUUUGGUAAUCUCAAUGACAGAAUUGGAAGAAGAUUAUCAUUUUUUACUUGUCUGGCAACUUUAAUAACUGGUGGUAUUUUAACAUCAAUAUCAAAUAGUUUUUGGACUUGGGCAGCAUGUAGAACAAUUGUUGGUUUAACAAUACCAGCAAUUUAUCAAAUACCAUUUAUAAUUUCUUUAGAACUUGUUGGUCCAAAUUAUCGUUCAUUUGUUACUGUUAUGACAUGUACAUUUUAUACAAUGGGUCUUUGUAUGCUUGCUGGUGUAACAUAUUUAAUACCUGAAUGGAGAAAAUUAGCAUUAACAACAAGUACACCAUUUCUUAUAUAUUUUUUUUAUUGGUGGUUUUUACCAGAAUCACCAAGAUGGCUAUUAGCUAAAGGACGUCUAAGUGAAGCAAGUAAAAUAUUAGAAAAAUUAGCUAAAGUUAAUGAAAAAGAAUUACCAAUAUCAUUUACACAAAAAUUAAAACAACGAAUGACCAUGACAAGAACUAAAAGUGAAGAAGACAGAUUACGAACUGGACCUGGUGUUUUAUCAUUAUUUAAAACUCCAAAUAUGAGAUUAAAAACUUGUUUAAUAACACUAAAUUGGUUUGCUAAUAAUAUGGUUUAUGUUGGUUUAUCAUAUUAUGGUCCAGCACUUGGAAAUGAGGAACAUUUAAGUUUUUUAUUUUCAUCACUUGCUGAGUUACCAAGUUAUCUUGCUUGUUUUAUUGUCAUGGAUAGAUGGGGAAGACGAUGGCCAUUGUGUCUUUGUAUGGUUACUGCUGGUGUAUCAUGUGUUGCAACAGUAUUGUUACCAGCUGAUGCUGUAAUGACAACACUUGUAUUAUUUUUAUUAUCAAAAUCAGCAAUAUCAGCAUCAUUUCUUAUUAUUUAUCCAUUUGCUGGUGAAUUAUAUCCAACACAAUUACGUGGUCUUGCUAUUGGUUUUUCUGCUUAUAUAAGUGGUCUUGGUCUUAUUAUAAUUCCAUUUAUAACAUAUUUGGGUAGAGAAAAUUUAGUACUGCCACUUGUUAUACUUGGUGCUGUAUCAGUUAUUGGUGGAUUGUCAGGUUUAAGAUUGCCCGAGACACUUCAUCAUAGACUUCCACAAACUGUUGAGGAAGGUGAAUUAUUUGGAAAAGAUUGGAAAUAUACUGAUUGUCUUCGUUGUAUUCCUCUCAAACCACCGUCUGUGGGAACAAGUUAUGAAGAUUUAUCAGCUGGUGAACAAACAAUGGAAAUGCAAUCAGUUAGAAGACAGUCAUCAUCAAUUGAACAACAAAAUGAACCACGUGGAUUAUCAACAACAGCUGCACGUAGAUUACUCAUGAGACAAACAAGUGUUAUGGAUACACAACGUGAUUCAGAUGGUGCCAUGAAAAUGACAUAUUGGUUUUAACUUUUAAUGUGAUAUAUAUUUAAAGUUUUAAACAAGAGAAAGGCAAAGACAAAGACAAAGACAAAGAGAAAAAGAAAAAGAGUGUAUGUGUGUAUGUGUGUGGUGAAAAUUAUUUAGAUACCCUGAUUUUUCAUCAAUCAAGAUUUUUUUUUUUUUUUUUUGUAAUUGUUAUUUGUUCUUGUUGAUGAUGACGAUGAUGAAAAGUAUGAAAUAGUGAUUUGUUUUUCAUUUUUAUUUGCACAAAAUAUUAUUAUGAGCUGAAGAAUAUCAAGAAG